AUGCUGAAGACCGUGCGAUACCGUCCUUGGACCUGCAAAGACUGCCUGCAGCGCGUCAAGUCCAGGCGCACCCUUGCAACCGCCGCCGUAUCGCCGAAUCACGUCGAUUAUGCGGCUGCAAGCAAAUUUACAAAACAGCGCGACGAUGACACCCUCCGGCGCGUCUUUGAUUCUCGUCCCUUUUGGCGAGAGUUCUCGCAGCGACGCGCAAAUACUUCGAAACGCAGCGGUCUAGUACAGAACCAAUACCUCACUAGCCCCGAGGGCUUUCGACAGUUUGCGCAUACUUCGUUGCAGAAAUGCCAGCGCAUCGUUUCAAAAGUCCUAGCGGUGUCGACGCUCGAGGGAUACCGGUCGAUGGCGAAGGAUAUGGAUCGACUGAGUGACCUGUUGUGCCGAGUGAUUGACCUGUCGGACUUUGUGCGAUGUAACCACCCGGACCCGAGAAUCCAAGAGGCAGCGACGCAGGCGUACGCGCUCAUGUUUGAGUAUAUGAACAUUCUUAAUACUACGACGGGCCUGCAUGAUCAGUUGAAAACGGCAGCGGGCACUCCGGAGGUUGCAUCUUAUUGGAGUGAGGCCGAGAUGACGGUUGCCCAGAUCUUGAUCAAGGAUUUUUCAAACUCGGCGAUUCACAUGCCCCCAAAGGACAGGCAGCGAUUUGUCAACUUGUCUAACGAUAUAAGCCAACUGGGGUCUGACUUUGUCAACAGAGCAGAGCCUGCCAAAUCGCAUGUGGCAUUGAGAAAGAACAGUGCUCAGGGCCUAGAUCCGGUUGUGGUUCGCCAACUACAGAAAUGGAACAGUAUCUCUAUACCGACUUUGGGGGUAGAACCCAAACUUGCUCUACGGUCUAUGCACGAUGAAUCCGCCCGAAAAGAACUUUAUCUAGCAACUCGGACGUCGAGCAAGCGCCAGAUUCAUCGGCUUGAGGAACUUCUUUCGAAACGAGCUGAGCUGGCUCAAUUGUCAGGAUAUUCCACAUAUGGCCACAUGGCUUUGAGUGACAAAAUGGCCAAGACCCCCGAAGCAGUGUCUAAUUUCUUGACCAGUCUCAUUGACAGCAACCGAUCUCACGUUCAGGAUGAGCUUUUCAAGCUGCAGGCGAUGAAACAGGCGCCACCACUACAGCCUUGGGACCAUGCAUACUACGUGCAACAGCGCUUGACAGAAUACUCGAUGUCUCGGCGGUCUCGAGAACUAAGCAGAGUGCCCGAGUUUUUUUCUUUGGGUACUGUGAUGCAGGGUCUGUCUCGGCUGUUUGAUCGUCUCUAUGGUCUUCAACUAGUGCCGCAGGAAACACUUCCAGGAGAGACAUGGAAUUCAGACGUUCGACGGCUUGAUGUUGUUGAUGAAUCGGGUCAGCACAUUGCUGUCAUCUAUUGCGACCUGUUCACACGACCCAACAAAAGCCCGAACCCAGCACAUUUCACGCUUCGAUGUGCUCGUGAGAUAUCAGCAAACGAGAUUGCCGAAUCAGCAGCUAUGGACCCUCCGUCACACCCAAACGAUGGAAUGGCCACGGCCAUGAAUGCAGGAUCCAACACGCUCCGCCAGCUGCCGACAAUUGCUCUUGUUUGUGAUUUCCCAGAGCCGCCAGUCUCCGGAAACGGGCCCCCGACUCUGCUCAACGAACACAGCGUCCGAACACUCUUCCACGAAAUGGGCCAUGCCAUCCACUCUGUCCUGGGCCAGACACCGCUACAAUCCAUCUCUGGCACGCGCUGCGCCACCGACUUUGCCGAGCUGCCUUCAGUCCUCAUGGAAAACUUCGCCACGGCCCCCGAAGUCUUAUCGCUAUACGCACGACACUGGCAAACCGACCAACCUCUCUCAGAAAACAUGAUCCGCAGCAUGGAAGCCGACCGCUCCGCACACGGCAACAUCUACGGCGCCGUCGAAAACGAAGCCCAAAUCCUCAUGGCCCUUGUCGACCAGGCCUACCACUCCUCUGCCAACGGUCCCAUCAACAGCACCGACAUCUACCACAAAGUCUUCUCCGCACACUGCGCGCUUCCCGACCCGCAGGAGCACAGCCCUGGUCAUCUGCGCACCUCCUGGCAAGGGUUUUUCGGCCAUUUGUACGGUUACGGCGCAACGUAUUACAGUUAUAUCUUUGACCGCGCGAUCGCGAAUAAGAUCUGGCAAGAUGUGUUUCGCGCGGGUGCGUUGUCUGUGGAUCGUGAUGCGGGCGAGAGGUAUAAGAAUGAAGUGCUGCGUUGGGGCGGUGGGCGCAGUGGAUGGAGUUGUGUGGCUGGCGUGUUGGGGAGUAAUAACCCGUCGAAUGCGGAUGGGCGUUUAGCGGAGGGCGGCGAGGAGGCGAUGCGCGAGGUUGGGCGCUGGGGAUUGGGGCGUGAUGGGGUGUCGAACUAG